AUGGCCGCAGAUCGACCCCUCACCUCAUUUCGCCUGCUAUCAUUUGACAUCUAUGGCACCCUCGUGGACUGGGAAACAGGAAUUCACGAAGCACUGAAGCCACUGGUAUCCCGCCUCCCAGAUAACCAUCGCCUUAGAUCCGAUCAUCUCGCGCUAGGGAAAGCGUUCGGUAAACAUGAGCGCGGUCUGCAGACUACACAGCCACGGCUUACCUACGACCGUGUGCUGAAGACUGCGUACGAGCAAUUGGCAAAAGAACUGCACGUCGUCCCCCAGGGGAACGAUGCGGAACGCUUACUGGACGAGGAAGCAUGCAUGUUCGCUGCCAGCAUAGCUACCUGGCCGCCUUUCCCCGACACCGUCGAUGCGAUGCGCCGGCUCAAGAAGCGGUUCAAGCUUGUUCCGGUGUCGAACGUUGACCGUGCCUCGUUUGAGAAGACUCUGCAUGGCCCGCUGGGCGGUGUGCAUCGCGAUCUGAUGGCAGGUGAGCCAUUCUUUGACGCGAUAUACACUGCCCAGGAUAUUGGGUCGUACAAGCCCGACCUACGGAACUUUGAGUAUCUGAUAUCCCAUGUGAAGGAGGAAUUCGGGGUGGAGACGGAGGAUAUUCUGCAUGUUGCGCAGAGCCUGCAUCACGAUCAUGAGCCGGCGAAGAAGAUAGGCCUGAGCAGCGCGUGGAUUUCCCGGGGCGAUGGCGGGCAGAGCGGGAUGGGAGGGGAGGUGAAGGAGUAUAUCCAGACGGGGAGGGUGGCUUUCGGGUGGCAGUUCAGAAGCCUGGCGGAGCUGGCAGACGCGGUCGAUAGGGAGGGAACGAAUAGCUGA